GGAGAGGUCUUUACUUGCAAUCCUCCGUCAUUGUUUCUUUCCUCACUCAUAUAUGAAUUCUCUGUUUGCUGCAUCACACACAAAACUCUUUCUUCAAAAUUGGUUGGGUUGUGUUGAUCUUGGGUUAGAGAAAAGAACACAUCUUUCCACCUUUCUUUCAAUUCUGACAUAAUCGCAGGCUUUAUCUGGAUCCCAUGCAUCUGAUGAAAACAUAAUUGAGGUGUAACCUAAUUAUUGGGUUUAUGGGUUGAUUCCCAUAUUUUGUUUUUCAUAUUGAAGGCUGCUCUCUUCCUGCUGCUGGGUUCUGGUUCUUCUCUACCCAUUUCCUUCCAUUAACCAAUGGUUGAACCAAAUAGCAAGGGUGGUUACAACUUGAGAAAAAGAAAGAAGAAAGAUGUUGCUGACGACAUGGUCGACAGAAUCAGUGGAUUGCCGGAUGAAAUUGUUGUGAGUAUACUGUCUCUGUUGCCCCUGAAGGAAGCACAAGCUACUAGUAUCCUUUCUAGGAGGUGGCAGUAUUUGUGGGCCUAUAGUACCAAUCUCAACUUUGAUGCUGAGAAAAAUUUAAUGAGAUUGAAUGAGCUCAAAGGAGAAGCGUGCGAAUUGGAAAUGUGUAGGUACGUCAGUUGGGUGGAUAGCGUGUUGAAACAGCAUAGAGCCUUAAACAUUGAGCGAUUCAGGGUUUUUUUUAAACUUGGUCAUAGAAUUUGUAUUGAUGAAUGGAUUCAAUUUGCAAUGAGGAAAGGAGUUCAAAUGCUUGAGUUGGACUUCUCUGCAUAUCUAUUGAUUGGGAAAUACAGAUUUAGUAACAAACUGUUAGGUAUCAGCGAAACCUCUGGUUUGAAGUCCUUGUGUUCUGAAUACGUUGGUUUUAAGUGCCUCAAAGUUCUUGAUCUGAAAACAGUUAAUGUGGACCAAGAAGUUCUUGAGUACUUUUUGUUUAACUGUCGAGUUCUUGAACGACUGUCCGUGUUUGAUUCUUCAACAUUGGUUAAUCUAAAAGUUGGGGGUCAUUCCAUUGCGUUGAAGUACUUGGUGAUACAACAAUGCAAAAAUAUCAAAACCAUUGAGAUUUGUGAUGCAAACCUAGUUUCAUUUGUUUAUGAUGGACAUGUGAGAAACUUGGUUCUUAGUAAUCUACCGCGUCUUGUUGAGGUUUCCCUUUCUGGAUGGUAUGCACAUGAUUUCAUAGAGAUUGCCUUCUUUCACCUUUCCUGCUGUCUUUCUCAACUGGAGAUUCUCAAACUCAGUUAUACGGUUGCGUGGCAGAAAAUGGACCCCGUGAUUUCUUCAUUACCUAAUCUCAAGCUUUUGGAAUUAGUCUUUAAUAACUAUGAAAACUGUGCUCUACUUCAUCUCGCUUCUUUCAUUAAGAAGACUCCUUACUUGCACACACUUGUGUUGAAGUUAACCAAAUAUGGGAGUAAAAAAAGUCCCUUUGCCAAGAAGAGAGCCGCAAAAUGCUCCCAUGAUUGUCUAAAGGUGGUGGAAAUAGUAGGAUUCUAUGGCACCAGCCGUCAUAUUGAACUUGUGACGUACUUGACAAAAACUGCAAUUAAUCUGGAGAAAAUUGUUUUUGAUCCUGUUGCCCGUUGGUCUCCCAGAUUUGACAGACUAGAUCAGUCUGCAGUGAAGGAUGAAGAGUGGUCAAGAGCUCAGGCUCGGCAGCUUAAAGAAACAAUGCCUGCAACUCUAGAAGUUGUGUGCCUGUAGCUACAACAGCCUUAAUUAGUAGGAAACUACAUUGCUAAAUUAUAUGUAUUGAAUAAUGAAUGCUUCUUUUUAAUUUUGUUAUUCUGAAACUACAAGCUCAAUCUGCAGUUGAAUUAAUGAUGAAUGUUUGUGAUA